UUGAUUGUCGUAUUAGUCACCUAAAGAAAAUAAUAGACAAAUUUUUAAAUACAUUUUAAUUUCUUUAUUCGUAUUAUUUGAUUGAGAUUAAUAUUCACAAAUAAUUUACAAGGAUGGAGUGGCUUUUUGGAAAGAAAAUGUCUCCAGAUGAGAUGCUUAGAAAGAACCAACGAGCCUUGAACAAAGCGAUGAGAGAUCUUGAUCGUGAGCGAAUGAAAAUGGAACAGCAGGAGAAAAAAGUAAUUGCUGACAUCAAGAAGUUAGCAAAAGACAAUCAAAUGGAUGCAGUUAAAAUUAUGGCAAAAGACUUGGUGCGUACAAGAAGGCAAGUUAGGAAAUUCAUGCUAAUGAAAGCAAACAUCCAGGCAGUAUCGCUCAAGAUCCAGACACUUAAAUCCCAAAAUACGAUGGCACAGGCUAUGAAAGGUGUCAGCAAAGCUAUGAUGAAUAUGAAUAAACAAAUGAAUAUGCCUCAAAUCCAACAAAUUUUACAUGAAUUUGAAAAGCAAUCCGAAAUCAUGGACAUGAAGGAAGAGAUGAUUAACGAUGUUAUUGAUGAUGCUAUGGAAGAGGAAGGCGAUGAUGAAGAAAGUGACGCUGUUGUCUCACAAGUUUUAGACGAAUUAGGCUUACAAUUGACUGAUACAUUAUCAGGAUUGCCUCAAACAUCAGGAUCAUUAUCAGUUUCAGGCGUCAAACAGCCACAAGCAGCUGCAGUUGCAGCUGGAGGUGGUGGUUCUCCAGAUGCUGAUGAUGAAUUACAGAAACGUCUUGAUAACUUACGUCGCGAGUAACUUCCCAAUAAAAAAUUUUAUAAGACCACACACACACACGAUUUAUUUAUUUUAAAAAAAGGAAUGUGACGUAUUUAGAUCAAUUAGAU